AGAAGCACGGACCUAUUAGUGUGUGACACAGUCGCAAAGCCAUGUGGAAGAAGUGGACUGACGUCGAAGUGUAGAUGCUUACAAUAGUUGUUGGUAAUGCAUUACCAAAGUUCUGAGUUUGGCACUCUUGUAAAGUUUAGCAUUCCAAAAUUGUUGUAAGUUUUUUUUUUUUGUAAAUAGCUGGGCUCCGUCCGGUUGGGUCAUGGGGAAAUCAAAGACUAAAAACCAGAAGAAAUCCAGAACAGAAGCCAACCAUGUGGCCGAGGAGACCUACAACUCCGUGCCGCACUCGUUCGUGUUUCACCGGGGUCAGGUUGGGAAAAACGUGGGCCAGCUCAUCCUGGACAUGCGGAGGGUCAUGGAGCCUUACACCGCCGAGUCUCUGAAGGUCCGGAAAAAGAAUGUCUUGAAAGACUUUGUGGCCGUCGCAGGCCCACUGGGAGUGACGCACUUCAUGAUCUUCAGAAAAACUCAAGACAGCGUCACCAUGAGACUUGCCCGACUUCCCAAAGGACCCAUGCUUCAUUUUAAAGUCUGCAAGUAUUCUCUAAUCAAAGACGUGGUCUCAUCUCUGAAGAAGCACAGGAUGCAUGACCAGCAGUUCACUCAUCAUCCGCUACUCAUCCUCAGUAACUUUGGGCUGGAGGGCAUGCACGUCAAGCUCAUGGCCACCAUGUUUCAGAACAUGUUUCCCUCCAUCAAUGUGCAAAAGGUCAAUCUGAACAACAUCAAGCGGUGCGUGCUCCUUAGCUACGACCCCACCUCACAGGAAAUUCAGUUUCGACACUACAGCCUGAAGGUGGUCCCCGUGGGGAUGAGCCGCGGCGUCAAGAAGCUCAUGCAGGAGAAGUUCCCCAACAUGAGCAAGUUCGAGGAUAUCAGCGAGCUGCUGAUGAAGGCCGCAAACCUCUCGGAAAGCGAGGCCGAGCAGGACGGGGAGGACAACAUAACCGAGCUUCCUCAGGCCUAUUCCGGAAGAGGCAACAUGCCGUCGGAGCAGAGCGCCGUCCGGCUGACCGAGAUCGGGCCCCGUCUGACUCUGCAGCUGACCAAGAUUCAGGAGGGCAUGGGUGACGGCAAUGUCCUUUACCACUCAAUAGUCUCCAAGACGGAGGAGGAAAUCCAGGAGAUCCUGAGGAGGAAGGAGGUCCAGAUGAAAGACAAGGAGGAGCGUCGGAGAAAACAGGAGCAGAAUGUCGCUCAGAAGAAAGAGAAGCGAGAGGAACACAAGAAAAAGAGUCUGGAAGGCAUAAAGAAAAAACAAGCCGAGGCCGGGGAGGAUAGUGACGUGGAGGAUCCGGGCAUGCAGGACGGUCAGACGGCUGCCGUCGACUCGGACGACGACGCCGAGUACUACAGGCGGGCCGUGGGGGAGGAGCCAGAUGAAGACAUGUUCCCCAGUGGACAGAAGAGGAGGCGCACCGAAAGGUCUCAAGAUCCCGCCAAGAAGAGGAAGCUGUCGUCUGCAAAGUCCUCAGCAGAAAGGUUCUCCAAGUCCCCGAAAGGGAGGAGUCCAGGUGGAAAACGCGGAGCCCCCGCAGGAAAAGGUCAGCAAGGAAAGGCAGGGAGAAAGUCCUGGGAAGGGGAGAAGAUGAGACCCUCGGGGAAGGCGUUUGGCGUGAGGAAGCGUGGAGAAAAGGAAAGCAAAUUUGGUGCAAAAAAGAAUUUUGACGGAAAGAAAAAAAGGGACAACUCAUUCAAAUCUGGUGGUCAGAAAGGCAAGCCGGGUUUCAAGAAGAGUGCCGGAGCAAAGAAGGGCUUCAGGCAGAGGAAGGGGAAAGGCUGAGGCCUCCCUCUGGGCUGUGUAGGGCCGUGCUGGGACAGCAGGGGGCAGCACACUGCUGGACGUCCACAGGGGACACUUUCAAAUAAACUGAUGCACAAAGAGGUAAAGCAGGCUGUAUCUGCUGAUCUCACAACAUUAAGAUGUGUCUCGCAGCUCCCAUCGAAGCUCACCGAGAUGUUUUUGGAAUUGUCGAUCAUCUCUCUGUGAGGGGACAUAAAGGCGGGUCGUUCUCAGUCUGGGUUUGCUUCCAUUAGAUGAGACCAUAAAGGCCGAAUGGAAGGUGCCCGUCGACAUCUUUUUCACUCCCUGUUUGCUCAUCGUUCUGUGUGGCUGUUAAAUAAAGAUCAUGUAAAUAUCUUUUUUUGGUUCAAUCAAUGACAGUUCUACAUUUGUACAUGGACGGCUUUGCACUUUUUUCCUCAAAUUAAUUUCCCUUGUUUAAAAUAAACCCAAAAGUUGUGGUAAUUGAUGUGUAAUUCUUGUAAUUUAAGUGGCUCUCAUUCAGAAAUUGUGCUUCAGUGUGAAUUCACGACAGGUUUGAUGGAUCAGUUUGAAAAUAUCACUGGUCACUCCAACACAAGAGUGUGCACCAAAGUGAUCUUUCACCUGUUUAGAUUUAUGUGACCAGUUAAAUCUCAGGAAGGAAGCUGAACAAGAAGCUUAAAAAGCGGGUUUCAGAAUGACUCAUCUUGAUUUCCUGUUAGAUAGGCAAACGAUUAAACUGCAGCCACGAAUUGGUUAAGAGUUUAGAAUAGAUGUAGAAAUCUGUAAAUACAAUCUCUCAAAUAUUUGCCCAUAAAUUAAUAAAAGAAAGUCAAAGCAAACAACACCACUAAAGGACAUCUGGACUGAAAAAAACUAUAAAGUUGUUUUUUUUUAAAUGCUAAGGAUUGUGCAUAAAU